CACAAAUCCAAUAUGAAAUCCAACAAGCAAACAUGCACUUUUUAAAAUCCAACACAAAUCCAAAGUAACAAAAUACCACAUAAUCCUUCAUUCAUAAAAUCCAAUAUUUUACAAAAAAAGUUCAAGUUUGGUCACUGGAAAUAUUUAAAUUCAUUGAUGGUACUUCAGUUUACUGAAAUCGUUCACGUUUGGUCACUCUCCGUCCAACUCCAUUAACUUUGGCUGAUGUGACAGUCAACUCUCAAAAUUGACCGUUAACUUAGUGAUGUGGCAAUUAAGAAAUAAUAAAUAAAAUAAAAUUUAAUUUAUUUUAAUGUUCAACUCAUUUUUACCGCAAAAUAAAUAAAAUAAAAAUAUUAUAAUUUUGAUUUUGUAAUUCAUCAACGCCGUCGCCGUCUCCGACCCCUCACCUCACCCCUUCUCAGAUAGCCACCGCCGGGCUCUCCACUGCCGCCACUCUCCACAUCCUGGGAUCCACCGGCCUCAUGUCCUUGCUCUACCGCUACCUCCCUCUCCCCGUCGUCCGCGUCGUCCAGCUCUCCCAUGGCCUCUCCUUCGCCUUCUCCGCCGUCAAGUACAUCCAGUUCAAUCAAGAUUUCCUCGCCUCCAAAACCACCACAGCAAGGUCCUGGCUCGGCCUCGGCCUCAUCCUCGCUCUCUCCGCCCUCAUCUUCCUCGUCCUCACCACCGGCUCCGGUUUCGACGACGCCUUCGGCUUCAGCACUUCUAGCGGUGAGACCAGAUCUCCCUGUCGGGUCGCGAAUCGGAUCCAGAUCCUCUCCUCAAUCCCCGCCGUGCUGAGGGUAACGUGGUGCAGGAUCGACACGUUGUUCCCGAUCACCGUUGUCUCGCCCACGACCACUCCUGUGGCGUGGUCGAACAGAACCUCCUUCCCGAUCCUUGCCGCCGGGUGAAUGUCGACGGCAAAAAAGUCAGAGACUCGGGACUGCAGCGCUAGAGCCAUCGGCCGCCGGGAUUGCAUCCACAACUUGUGAGCCACUUGAUGUGCCUGAGAAAGAAACCAACAUUUUACCCAAACAAAGAACAAAAUUGGAGUCCCCGAUUUUUAUUUUAGGGAUUCAUUCAUACGACAGGGCCAACAAUUCGAAGAAAACCCUUGUAAUUGAGGAGGCAGUGCGAGACGAUUUUUCUACAUGCAAUUCAAUUUGAUAAUUAUAAUAUUAUUUUAUGGUAAAAAUGAGUUGGACAUUAAAAUGGAUUAAAUUUU